AUGGCCGCCUUCAGACUCCUCAUGAAGCCCAAGGUCGUCAAAAAGAGGACCAAGCUGUUCAUCCGGCACCAGUCAGAACAAUAUGUCAAAAUUAAGUGUAACUGGAGGAAACCCAGAGGAAUUAACAACAGGGUUCGCGAAAGGUUCAAGGGCCAGAUCUUCAUGCCCAACAAUGGUUAUGGGAGCAACAAAAAAACAAAGCACAUGCUGCCCUGUGGCUUCCAGAAGUUCCUGGUCCCCAAUGUCAAGGAGCUGGAAGUGCUGCUGAUGUGCAACAAACCGUCCUGUGCUGAGAUCGCUCACAGCGCUUCUUCCGAGAAGCGCAAAGCCAUUAUGAAAAGGGCCGCCCAGCUGGCCAUCAGAGUUACCCACCCCAACGCCAGGCUGCGCAGUGAAGAAAAUGAGUAG